AUGGCUGCAGGUAUAUUUAAGAAACUGUGGGAUAAAGUAAAAAGAGGAGCGAGUAAAGUUUGGGAAACAUUGAAGAAGGGAGCAAAUUGGAUAUUUAAGAAUAAAGAAGCAAUUAGUGACGUAGCUGAAUCAAUAACACCAAAAGCUGCCCCAAUAAGAGAAAUUUUAAAUAAAGGAGAAAAAGUUUAUCAAAGACUUACAACCGAUACUAAGAUAA